UUUGCGCUCGACAUUUAAGACAUGAGACAUUUUUGUGAUAAUUAAAUGGAGAAAUAAUUUUGCAAUUUUAAAAAAUAUUCCAUUUUUUUAAUUCUAGGGUCAAAUAUCAUGAAGAAUACUAGAAUUCUCCAAGUAUUUCUAGCAAUACUAUUAUUCUGUUCUACACAAUGUUCAAAGCGAAAGAGAAGAAUAAACUCAGAAGAACGGCGAAAGAGACAGGAAGCCCAAGACCUGUCUAAUUUUAUUAAUAAUGUCUUGAAAACCUAUGAUAAAAAGCUCAGACCGAAUGCUGGGGGUGACGCAGUUGAAGUUCUUGUGGAGGCCAAAGUGGUUUCUAUCGGCGAACUUAAGGAAGCCAGCAUGGAAUUUUCCCUCGACAUAUUUUUUCGUCAAUGGUGGCACGACCCUCGAUUCGCACAUAACUUCAGCAUCCCUUUCAACAUGGCUGCCGAUGCUACGAAGAUCUUCUGGACGCCUGAUACUUAUUUUGUCAAUGUAAAGAGCUCAAAGUACCAUCACGUGACAAGGGAAAACAUGCGAGUCAAGAUCAGCCCUGAUGGCAAUGUCUACUUCAGUACCAGGAUAACACUUACUGCACAAUGCGCAAUGAAUUUCCGUCUCUUUCCAAUGGACACUCAACACUGUGGACUCACCAUUGAAAGUUACGCAUACACAGCAGCAGAGGUAAACUACGCGUGGAAGAAGAAGGGAGGUAGCAAUGGAAUCGAAGUGGUUUCACAGGAAAUGGCACAGUUUGAUUUACUGGAAAUCCAGACAUUGACUAAAGAUUUGCCCAAAAAGACAUCCUUUGCCAGUUUGAAAGCUGUAUUCUCAUUCCAGCGUCGACUGGAGUUUUUCAUCUUCUCAGUCUUCAUUCCUGCCACGAUUUUAGUCGUCCUGUCUUGGUGUUGUUUUUGGAUAUCUCGUCAAGCCGUACCAGCCCGUGUAUCGCUUGGUAUCACUACUAUCCUGACCACUAUUCUGCUGUCUAGUUCUGUCAAUCGAGACAUGCCAAAGGUCAGCUAUAUGAAGUCAAUCGAUUAUUUUUCGUUGACGAAUUUUGGUUUCAUUUUCUUGUCGUUUCUGGAGUAUGUCAUCGUACUCAACACAGAACCCAGCCCGAAGUGGUGGAAAAAUAUGAAAGAUCGAUACUUGAACAGAAACAAUCCGGUGCUGGAGAGUAUGGAAUGUUCCACAGCGCAAGACGGAACUAAUUCGUCAGAGAGACAUCUACACGUCCAAACAUUGGAUAGUAACGGACGUAACCGUGACCUGGCAACAGUCGUACUCCCCAAAGAUCACUCCAAAGAGCCAUCAAUUGUCGUAGUCACUACACAACCUGGUGAACCCGCGAAGAUAUCUCGUCAGCGUCGAAUUAGCUCUAACAAAAUACGCCAAGGAAAGGGCAAGGCUGCAGAGGCCGCUCCCCCACCUGUACACUGGGUCGACUACGUUUCUAGAGCUCUUUUCCCGUCCGCAUACUUUCUGUUCUUGGCCAUUUACUGGAUUGAUAAUUUAAAUAAUGCUGCAAAGGGUUGACUUCGUAGUCAAAUCUCAGUCAGAGGGCCGAGAAGUUUUACUUCUAAAGAUUUGCCUGGCCAUUUAUGUAAGGCUUUUUUUAUUCACCAAGCCACGCUCGAUAUUAAAAUUUAGAGUUGAUGGCACACAUUAAUAGCAUGGUACUUCAUGUAUGUACAAACACGUGGAUCGCCACGCACAUUUAUUGGUAGGAAUAGAAUAAUUUACCAUAUACGAGGUUUCUACGUUUCGGUACUGAAUAAGAUAAAUUUGGCAAUUUUGCUAAUCUAUAUGCAGCACUAUAUACACUUUUUUGAAGCUUAAAGCAAUGUUAACAUUUUCAUUCCGAGAGCCUCGAUGAGGUAGUUUCCGUUAAGGUUCUUGAAUUGUAUUGCUAUCAGCUUUUUCUAUUAAUAAUUGCACGCAAUAGACCCGUUUCGAGUUCCAAAUUACCGCUGUGUUUCUUGAUUACAGACUCAUUUGCACAGGGUUAGCCUCGAGUUUGUGCAGAAUAUUCACGUGUU